UAAUAAUUCCUCAAGCCUAUUUAAAAGAUCAGAUACAGAAAACAAUCAUUCUUUGGUUGGAUACUCUCGGCACUUGAGCGGAUAUAUUCUCUCCUACACUUUUUUUGUUCUUACCAAAAACAAAGAGAGUUCAAUACAACUAUACCCCUUCCUCUUAUCAAAAGUCUUCUUUAUGAGUGCAUCGAGAUUGGUUGAUAUGGAUGCAUCAUCUCCUUCAUCUUCAUCUCUACUUGGGUUAUUUCGGUUUGCGGAUUGGAAAGAUAAGCUGCUUGUGAUUCUGGGGACGAUAGGAAGCAUAGUGGAUGGCCUGAUGCAGCCUCUGACAAUGCUGGUUCUUGCUAGGACUAUCAAUGAGUAUGGGGCUGAUGGAACCUCUCUUUCGAUUGGCUCUCCAGACAAGUUUGCUGUCCAGUUACUGUAUGUGGCCCUGGGAGUUGGAACAGCUGCAUUUCUCGAAGGACUGUGUUGGACAAGAACUGCUGAAAGGCAGGCGUCUCGGAUGAGGUUGAGGUAUCUCGAGGCUGUCCUACAACAAGAUGUUAGCUUCUUUGACAGCAAUUCAUCCACAACUGCUACAUAUCAGGUCAUCUCCACUAUCUCAACUGAUACUGAUACAAUUCAGGAUGCCCUUGCUGAAAAGAUUCCAAACAUCCUAGCUAACAUAUCAGCAUUUUUCUUCACCCUCUUGGUUGCCUUCACAAAUUCAUGGAGAUUAACAUUGGCUGCUCUUCCAUUAUCGCUUCUCUUUAUCGUACCCGGUGUUGUGUAUGGGAAACUUCUGAUGAAGGUAUCUGAAGACAUAAGAGAAGCAUAUGGGAUUGCUGGAGGAAUUGCUGACCAGGCAGUUUCAUCGAUUAGGACAGUGGUGGCAUAUGUUGGAGAGAGGCAGACAAUGGAAAGUUUCAGCCAAGCGCUUGAGAAAACUACAGCUCUUGGGAUAAAGCAAGGCCUCAUGAAGGGGAUAUUAGUUGGAACUAUGGGAAUGAUAUACGCUAUAUGGGCUUUUCAGACAUGGUAUGGGAGUGUAUUGGUGACUGAGAAGGGAGCCCAAGGUGGCAGCAUCAUUGUUGCUGGAAUCUGUGUCAUCUUGGGAGGACUGUCUCUUAUGAGCGCACUUCCAAAUGUCAGAUACCUGUCAGAGGCAAUAACGGCUACUUCUUGCAUACAUAAGAUGACCGAUAGGCUCCCUUCACUAAAAUCCAACAAUCAAGAAGGGGAAACUAUAGAAAGCCCACAAGGCGAGAUUGAAUUUAGAAACAUUGAAUUCAGCUAUCCAUCGAGACCUCAUAACCCUGUUCUUCGUGGCCUAAAUCUUUACAUUGCAGCAGAGCAGACCAUUGGCCUAGUUGGUAGCAGUGGCUCAGGUAAGUCCACAGUCAUCUCCUUGCUCCAGAGGUUCUACAAUCCUGACAAGGGAACAAUUGCCUUUGAUGGCUGUGAUAUUAGAACACUGAGUAUCGAAUGGUUCAGAUCUCAGAUGGGCUUGGUUAGCCAAGAGCCAGUCCUCUUUGCAACUUCCAUCAAGGAAAACAUACUAUUUGGGAAUGAGAAUGCAUCUACGGAUCUCAUUAUUAGUGCUGCAAAAGCAGCUAAUGCACAUAAUUUCAUUACCAAGCUACCCGAUGGAUACGAUACUUAUGUUGGGCAUUUCGGGUUUCAGAUGUCUGGAGGGCAAAAACAAAGGAUAGCCAUUGCAAGGGCAUUGAUCAGAAAUCCCAAGAUACUGCUUCUGGAUGAAGCUACAAGUGCCUUAGAUGCACAAUCUGAGAAACUAGUAAAAGAUGCACUUGACCAUGCUUCAGUUGGGAGAACCACGGUAAUAGUAGCACAUCGGCUUGCGACAUUAAGAAGAGCAGACCUCAUUGCUGUCCUCAACAAGGGGGAAGUUGUGGAGCUCGGGAGCCAUGACCAGCUUACUUAUAUGAGUGGAGAAGGUGGAGUCUAUUCUAAAAUGGCUCAGCUACAAGAAUAUACUAUAAGUAGAGAAAGUCCAUUAAUGUCUCCGAUUGGAAACAAUGUGGUAAAUUCAAUACACUCAAGAAACUAUAGCAACGCAGAACUAUCGCCCGUCCACAUAUAUUCAGAAAAUAAUACCACGAAAGCAAAUAGAAAGACCUCUAAUCCUUCGCAGUGGCGUCUGAUGAAGAUGAAUGAACGAGACUGGAGAAGAGGUUUGAUAGGGUGCAUUGGUGCAGCUACAAUCGGAGUAGUUCAAAAUGCAUAUUCCUAUAGCUUGGGUUCCAUAGUAUCAGUCUACUUCCUCCAAGACAAUGACCUUAUCAAGUCAAACACAAAACGGUACAGCGUCAUUUUCAUAUCCUUAGCAUUUAUCAAUGUCAUUUCCAAUAUCAUCAACCACUACAAUUUUGCCGUCAUGGGAGAGCGGUUGACAAGGAGGGUAAGGAAGAAGAUGCUAAAAAAGGUUCUUUCCUUCGAGAUUGGUUGGUUUGAUGAAGAUGCAAAUUCAAAUGGAGCGAUAUGUUCAAAGUUAGCCACUGAUGCAAACAAGGUCAGGUCGCUAGUUGGAGAUCGUCUGUCAUUGCUGCUUCAGGCUUCUGUGACAGCUGCACUAGCUUUCACGCUGUCAUUGAUCAUUGCGUGGAGGCUCGCAGUUGUGAUGAUCGCUGCUCAGCCUUUAAUUAUAGGAAGUUUCUAUUUCAGGAAGGUUAUGAUGGCUAGCAUGUCCAAGAAGGCCAAGAAGAUGCAAAUUGAAGGGAGUCAAUUGGCAUGCGAAGCUGUGGUGAACCAAAGGACUAUUACAGCAUUCUCGUCACAAAAAAGAAUGCUGGGUCUUUUCGAGAUUGCACUCCAAGGGCCAAGAAGCGAAAACAUUAAGCAGUCUUGGAUCGCGGGCCUCUGCCUGUUCAGCUGCCAGUUCAUUAUCACAGCUGGUACAGCACUGGCAUUCUGGUACGGAGGAAAGCUUAUGUCCGAAGGCUAUAUAACUUCUAAAGAAAUGUUUCGGACAUUUUUUGUCCUGAUGAGCACCGGAAAGCUUAUAGCAGAUGCAGGAAGCAUGACUUCUGAUCUAGCAAAGGGUGGAGAUGCAGUCCGAUCGGUUCUUGAAAUUCUUGACAGGAACACUGAAGUAGAGCCAGAUGAUCCUAAAGGAAUCAAGAAGAAGAGGCAGAUCAAGGGAAACAUAGAACUAAUGAACGUAUCAUUCUGCUACCCUUCAAGACCAGAGCAAAUUAUCUUCAAAGGAUUGAGCCUCAAGAUGGAUGCAGGAAAGACCAUAGCGCUGGUUGGCGAGAGCGGCUCAGGAAAAUCAACCAUAAUCAGUUUGAUCGAGAGAUUCUACGAUCCUCAGGAGGGUUCAGUAGAAAUUGAUGGAAAGAACAUCAAAGAUUACAAUUUAAGAUUUCUAAGGUCACAUAUCGCACUAGUCAGUCAGGAGCCUACUCUUUUUGCAGGUACUAUACGUGACAACAUUGCAUACGGAAGUGAGAAUGCAACUUCCACAGAAGUACUUGAGGCCGCAGCACUUGCCAAUGCUCAUGAAUUCAUAUGUUCAAUGGAGGAUGGAUAUGAAACCUACUGUGGAGAACGAGGGGUCCAGCUAUCUGGAGGACAGAAACAAAGGAUUGCCCUUGCUCGAGCAAUACUAAAGAACCCUGUUAUAUUGCUCUUGGAUGAGGCAACCAGCGCACUUGAUAGCGUAUCAGAGAACCUAGUUCAAGAAGCUCUGAACAAGAUGAUGGUAAAUAGGACGUGUGUAGUUGUGGCUCAUCAUCUGUCUACAAUAGAAAAGGCGGAUAUGAUAGCAUUGAUAAGCAACGGGAGGAUUGUAGAGCAGGGAUCACAUUCAGAGCUAGUUGCUAAAGGAAGAGGUGGCUCAUACUACAAUCUGAUCAGACUACAAGGAGGAUACUCACCCUAUUCGCAAUGAAUCCAAUCUGAAUGAAACACUUAGGUUAUGUUAUAGCACAGUAGCACAAUGAGAUUACAAGUAGUAGUUGGAAAAUUUGAUAUGUAGCACAAUGAGAUUACAAGUAGUAGUUGGAAAAUUUGAUAUGUAGCAUAUCCAAAGAAACAGAAUAUAAAGCAUCGUCAAGCUUGCGAGUUUUGCAAAGCUAAUCAUACACAAAGGAGUUAGUAGAUGAAAAGCCUAUAUAAAGCUGUUUAUCACAGUAAAAACAUUAAAAUCAAAAGGUGAGAUAAUACCAAAAAAGGUAAUUUGGAAGUUAUAAUAACAAAUUCCCGCAAUGUGCAAAUGGUAAGAAAACUGAGGAGCCACUUUUAAUGUAGCAAAGCACUCACUGUUGCAGGACUCAGAUGAACAAAGGAAAAUAUAAGCUAAGGAAAAAAAAUUGGUACUAAACGAAGAAAAAAAAUCUUGUUUACGGCAAUAGAUGAAUAUGUGUGGCUGUGUGUAGGACAGAAAAACAACUACACAACAGACCGCGAUAACCAUGAUUCUAGGGCAAUAACAACUUGCUGCAGAAAUGAUUCCAAAGAGAAGGAAUGUUGUGCCUGACGGCGGCGCCGAGGAACCAAAACAAACGCCGAUGAAAGAAGGCCAAAAACAACCAAAUA